AACAGAACUGCUGGAAGAGAAUUUGGCUGCAGCGAGAAAAAUGUACGUGAUUGGAGGUUGGAUGAAGAGGAGAUUUCGAAGAUGAAUCCAAGGAAACGAGCUCGUAGAGGUAGAAAUGCAAGAUGGCCGAAUUCGGAAGAAAAUCUAGCCAACUGGGUGCGUUCGCAACGAGACAGUAGCCAUGUCUUUCAACGAUAGCGAUCAAAUUGAAGGCUCGAAUUAUUGCUAUAGAAAUGAAGAUAACAGACUUUGUGGCAGAGUCAACUGGGUUUUCAAGUUCAUGAAACGGAAGAAUCUUGCAGUCCGGUCACGUACAACUGUUGGACAGAAGCUUCCUGACGAUUGGGAGAAUAAAUUGGAUGUUUUCCAUUAUACCUUUGUUCAGAAUGAAAUAAGUGAACUGAAGUUGGCCGAUGACGACAUCAUCAAUAUGGAUGAGAUUCCAAUGUCAUUCGAUGUUUCAGCUACUAGUUACUAGAUCAGUGGCAGAUAAAGGAGUGAAGGCAGUCGCCUAUUGAUACCGCCGGACAUGAACGAACCAACUUCACUGGUGUAUUGGCCUGCACUGCUACAGGCAGGAGGGAAACUCAAACCCAUGGUUAGCUUUAAAAGGAUAACCAUGCCAAGAGAAACGUUGCCAGAUGGAGUCGUUGUUGUCUGCAACAACAAGGGCUUGCUGAACACAGAAGUGAUGCAUAACUGGACUAACAAAUGCUUCAGUACAAGAAUAGGCAGAUUUUUAAAAAAUAAGAAAUCUCUUCUGAUUUUUUAUGCAAUGGUUACCCAUAAGGAGACGACUGUGCAAAAGCACGUCAACAAAGCCGGAGCCCACAUAGACGUUAUCCCCGAUGGCCUGACUUGCAAACGACAUCCCUUUGAUGUCACCGUCAAUCACCCGUUUAAGACUUUUGUUUGUGAGGAAUGGGAUCGUUGGAUGAGUAGCGGUAGACCCACAUUCACGCCAACUGGUCGACAACGUCGGGCACCGUAUACGUAG